AUGGCUUCCCUAGAAUAUUGCAGACAUCGUUUUCCGAUGCUUCAACGGUCCAGUAAGAUUCUGCUUCACCAGUCUGUGACGACCCUGGAAAAGAACCGUGGCAAUAGGUCCAUGGAUCUUUGGAUCUUUGCUUGGAGACAGGGAGACUGCAACCCUGAGUCUGAAGUAUUGAAGGACUGCAUGGGGAUCCGUGCUUGUAGCCUCGCAGUCUUUGAAAUCCCUGAACGUGACGAGCUCCGGAUUGGGGAAGCAGGGACGAGGAGCCCAUCUCUUUCCAAAUUCGUAUGUUGCUGGGGAGACGAGUCGUGCCUUCUAUAUCCUGAGAAGCCUCGGGCCAUCUUUCGAGGGCGAAAGAAGAAGUGUUUGGGGGAAAUAAAUGUCGUCAUUUCGAUGCUGCACUUCCGGUUUAGGCAGGGGCAAGCAGCGCCUCGAGGUAAGAGACGCCACGGUAAAGUGUAUAGGGCAGGAACUGGGGACAAAGGUUAG